AUGGGCGUGAAAGGGCUCUGGGCCUUCUUACGCCACAUCACCUCCGUUGUCGCCCUGCCGCUGGACCCCCUCGUAGCUACCGACUCUCCGCCGCUCGACCCCGACAGUCAUGCCGACGAGUCCGACCCCGACCAACCUCACGUCUUCCUCCCCGACAUCCCGAUUCAGCGCUUCUGCCUUCUCCUUGACUGGCUCACCGAACGCGGCGCGAGUGUGAAAGCCGCGAACGCCGCUUCCCUACAUCUCGAGGAUGCUGGCCUUCAUCGCGCAACCUACGAGCGCGCUUGUCGCCAAGCCCUCGUCGCUCGCCUUACGCAUGCUGAAGCCAAAUCCCACAUCGAAGCCCAGUACCUUGUCGAGCCUGUUCGGCGCGCCGAACUGCGCAAGGAGCACUACGGUCCCAAAGCCCAUACCGUCGUCGCCCAAGAUCACCCUACGAACCGUCACGGCCUCAAGCACUACACUUGGAUUGCUCGCCAACGCGCGACCAUCGGCUGGGAGGUCAAGCGAAGGUUGAAGGAGGCGAGAAAGCAGAAGCACGCCCAUCGCUAUCGGCCACAUGGCGCCGACGCUUCUCGUACCCCCGCUCGACCCUCUGCUCCGACCAAGCCCUGGAACCCGCGCGAGAACCCCAUCCCUGUCCCCGUCGUCUCGCCCACGCCGUCCGCUCCGUCUGCCGUCCACUGGAUGGUCUCGCCACACGAGGCCGAUCCCCUCGUCGCACGCCUUGCACGCCAAGCAGCGCAAGGCACGUUCCUCAGCCCCGAUGGCGAGCGUUAUUCCGCCGAGCACAUUCACCAGUACGCCGUCGAUGGCGACGUCAUGACGACCGCGUCUUCCCAAGAGUCCCGCUUCUUCAUUCGCCACAUAUCCGACGAUCGUGUCGCCGUUCUCGAUCGUCGCGCGCUGGAGGAAGCCGAGCUCGUUGCCCCCGACGGAUCGCGCAAACAGCUCUGGCCGUUCAAGCGCGUCUGGGCGCAGAUCAACGCCGCCAUCGUCGCCGGGACCGACUACGGCGCCGGCAUCUUCGGGAUCGGCUACAGGACGAUCGUUCAGUCUUCGAGGUGGCUCGAAUUCUGUAAUCGCGACUGGCUCGGCGAAUCGAAAGCCCUCGCCCGCGGCAGCCUCGCCUGGCAACGCCUCGCCGGAGAAUUCGCCGACACCUUGCGUGCGGCAGCCUUCCCCAAGGGCAUGACGAGCAAGCACGACCUCCCUUCCAACAUGUCCGACCCUUCCUUUGACCUUCGCACGCUCACGCAUGCUCAGCACAGACGCAUCACCUUCGACGACCUCUCCUUCGAGCGCUUCAUCACCACCGCCAAGGUCAUGCGCGGAGACGACAUCCCGCCGUCCGAGCUCUGCAGUACCGACGCAUGGUUCGCCGCCGAGGUCAAGCGUCGCCUGUCUCUGCGCGAAUCCGGUGGCGACAUCAUCUACACCUUUCGCAAGCCCAAGAAGACAUCGACCACUGAUGUCGCCGUCCCUAUCGAGGUCGACGUCGAUGUCGAGAUCCACAAAGACGUUCUGCCCGCCGAGGGCGCUGCAUCUCAUGGCGGGCCGGCCCCUCGCGCCGAUUCGGACAUCGACAUGCAGGAGUCCGAGACUCCCGCCGCCCAGCCUGAAGGCCUGCCAUCUUCUCGCCCCUUCACGAGCAAGCUCCGUCGCCUCCUUCGCAUUCCCUUCCAGUUCAACCACCGUCAGAUCGACCUCGGUCCACAGUCUCGCCUGCUUGACGGCACCCUCGAGGAGGCUCGUCGCGCUCUCGCUGGCGUCAACGGCAACGUCGAGCAACUCCGCUCUCCUCGCGUCUCGCCGCAUGCGCCGGCCACAGCGGCCGAACUCUGCGCCUUUGGGCGGGUGCGAGCCUUGCUGAAAGGCAUCAACUUCAGCGCCGACCAAGACGACGGUGGCGAGCUGGGCGACGACCAUGACGACGACGGCAGGUCCGACGGCGAGCAGGGCGCGCCGUCGAAGGCGAAGAAGGCCUCACCGAAGGCCCAGCGCCCCCUGCGGGGCAAGCCUAAGCCCGAGGCGGCCGACACCACGCUCGACACGUCCAGUCCGACGAAUGAUGGACCUCCACUGCCUCUGCCGAAGAAGGUCAAGAGCUUCAAGCACUACGCACAGAAGAAGACGGUCCGCGUUCCUCGUCGUCCGGCGGUCCGCUCGCUCGCCGCCGUCUCACCAGAUCCUCCCCUCCCGGCCGACUCGCCUCGCCCCGAGCCCCCUGGUCGAAUCUUGGACGCCUACUUGGACGUUGUUCAUGACGUCGUCGCUCGGCGCUUCGACUUGCUCCUCCCGGUCGUUCACACUGUGCUCCAGCAUGCCGCUGAGGUAUCCGGCAGCUCGGCAUACCUCUGCGCGCUCACCGACGUCGCGUCCCGUUUCGAUGCCUGGUCAUCCCUCGCAAGCGACGUCGCCAGAAUCAUGCACUUCCUCGAGGAUCCUCCGCGACGAGCCGACGCCCGUCCGCGCCGUCAAGCCGCCGUAGCGCACAAGUAUUUCGGGUCGCCAGGCGCGACCGAAAGCCAGGCGCUCCGGGAUCGCCUCCUCCUCAUCGAUCUCCAGACCGGCUCGCCCGGCGGUCGCAUUCCCGCCCCCUUCUCCUCCGCUUAUCUCGCGCGUGAGGCUGUUUGCCGGCAAUACAUCUCGACCCUGAGCAUCUCCGAAGUCGCGUUCUGUCUCACCCCUCCCAGGCCGCUCCCUACGUCCCCCAAUCGCCCUAUCUCCUCCGUCCUCUUCAAGGCGGUCAAGGAGGGGAUAUUCGACGCGGGCUUUCGCAUGCGGCGACUCCCUGCGACAAUCUUCCUCUCGAACGCUGCCGAGCUUGGCGCGUCCUGGUGCACCGCGCGCUACCAGAAUUCGGUCCGUGUCCUUGGUCCGGCUGCGAGCGGGUUCGUCCGAGACCUCUUCGCCGGCGAGGAAACGGUCCUUUCGAAUCUCGCCCGCUUCGGCCCGCCCGCCUCCUCGACUCUACCGCUCCUCGUUGCGGCGGAUCCCGUCGACCUCGCAAAGGGCCAGGGUGAUGCGCCGCGCGCGCAGGCCUUGCGAGAUCGCCUCUCCAGCCUCGCCAUCGAGCUUGUCCUCUCGAAGCCGUUUCGCGCUGGUCCAUCCACGACGGCCGACGCUGCGGAUGCGGCGUGGCGCAGCGACGCCGAGGAUCGUCUUGCCGCUGCAUUCUCCGCCGCGCCAGCUGCGCGCGCAAAAAAGCAGAAGAAGAAGAAGAUCCGCACCGACCCCAGUGCGACCCCUCCGAUUGCGCCCGCUACCGUCCAGUCCUUUGUCUCUGCCUUCGCUCGCUUCGCCGAGGCUAUUCAGCGUGUCGUUCGUACGGCCGUCGUCGAGGAUCCGACGUCAGCGAGCCCGCUCGAGCCGAUGUCGUCCUGGCCUUCCGCCAAAGGGGAUCACGGCAACAUCGUCCAGCUGGUCCGCGGCAUGCUCGUCGUCGAGCAGGCUCUUGGUCGUGAUUUUGCCCCGAACUACGCCUGCACCGCCCUCCGGCUCGACUCGAAGUGUUUGCAGGCCAUCCUGCAGCCAGUCAACAGCGAGAUGAUCCUCGCCGAGUGGGUUUCUGGCGCGAACACCACCAUCGAUCUCGUCAACAAAGCUCUGCUCGCUUCGGGCAAGGCCGGUACGCCGCUCGCGCCUUGCUUGCCCACCAACCCCUUUCACUACGCCCGCAAGAGUCGUCCCCACGAGACUGCCAAGACCAAGUCCGACGCCAUCCGACGAGAGCUCGCCGCCCUUGGUAUCGCCACGGACCUCGUCCUGCUCGAGGGCAUUCACACCGCCAAGUUUGCUCGCACAGUCGUUCCGUCCGACCCUUCGACUGUGCAGCUCGACCGCGUCCCGCACAUCGAGCUCGACUCGUCGCGCAAGGCCCGCCUUGACAGCUUCUUUGCCGUUCUUCGUGCUGCCGACCUCGUCGGCGUCGUCCGCGCGCCCGCGAUCUGCUUCGACCUCCUCUUCGAACUUCCUAAGCCAGGAAUACUCCUCAGCGCAGGAUUUGCAACCGUGAGCGCCUCGCAUAUCUCGUUCCUCAUGCUCGACCCCACUCUCGUCCUCGCUGCGACGCCUACUCGGCUCGGGACAGACGGUCAGCCGCGGGAUUCGGUCUCGCUCGUCAACGCCUCGCUCGCCGACGCGUCCCUGUCCAGUCGGUGGUGCGACGGAGCUGUCGCCCGCAGGAUCUUGCGAGCGGUAGCUCUGCGCGGCCUCGCGGUGCUUUGCGCCGGAGACAGCGCCUCGGCGCCUUGCGCGGCGUCUCCGCUGGCGGAUCCGCUCGAGUCAGGGCCGCCAGAUGGUGGGCGAGCGCAUCCUGCCGCCGCACAAUGCACGCUCUCUGAGCGUUUGAGCUUUGUGUCUACCGAUGCCGCCGUCGAGUGGCGCAGACCCGCUCCCGUCGCUCGUGACACUCCUCCCGGUAAGGCUUCGCCGGAAUCCGGUCGCGUUCGUCCUCGCCUCUCCGCCCGCGAUGUGGCCGUCGUCAAGUCGGUCAAUUUCCGCCAGGUCGGCCUUUCGCUCAACGACGCCGACCGCCGUUGCGCGCUCCAAGAUAGCCUGCGUGGCGCUCCCCGUUCCGAUGCCGCUCCUUGCUCGCAGACCGGCACGUCUUCGGACGACGAUAGCGGCGCCGGCCGCCUCGACGCACUCGCUGGGGCCGAUUUGUCCGAUCCUAUGCAGGUCGAACCGAGCGAGUCCGUCGAUCCGGGCAACACGAUCGCUGGCCGUCUCGCGCUUGACGGCCUCGCGGACGACGUCCUCCUCGCCGGCGCGGACGUCGGCGAGCGCGAGCUGAUCGAGGUCACUUUCUACGAUCGCGAGAACAACACACUCCACUCGGUCGGCUUCAAAUCGAGCGAACUUCGUCGACUCGACGUCUACUCUGCAGACGAGCAGGAGGCGGCAGGGCCUUAUGCAGUCGACGGAAUCGCAAAGCUCGUCGCCGACCAGCCUGAUUCGCCGCUUGCCCUCCAUCUGCUUGCGCAGCUCGCUACUCGCAACCCGCUCCGUCGCGACAUCGUCUUCCAGCACCAGCUUCGGCGCGACGCUACUAUCCAGUCCGUCUGCGACCGCAUGCGCGAUUACGUCCUCGACAAGCUCGUUCCUCCCGACUCCACCAAGCCGAUCCCUCGACUCGUCCUCUUUGUGGGAAACGAGCUCAAGAUCCGCUCGAAGGCGGCGUCCGGUGCGAGUCGCGGCGAGGCGUUCUCGGACGAGUUCAUCACGGCCCUCCAAGCUCGCCCUGACCGGCUCAAGGUGGAAGUCUACCGCGUCAACGAGUACCUCACGUCGCAGACUUGCCCCAACGUCGCCUGCCGUCUCGCGCGCGCCAACCGCUGCAACUUGUAUCGCGAUCGCGAAUUAAUUGCGCAUCCGAACUUCUUGAGCACCGGCGACCCCAUCUACCGCCUGAUCGAGUGUGCUCAUUGCGACCUGGUCUUUCAUCGCGACGUACUCGGUUCGACGAACAUCAUGCGCGUCGGUAUCUUUGCACUCGCCAUGCCAGUUGCCGGCGACCGGAUCGUCCACAUCUUUGACGAUCGUGUCGAGGAGGCUGUCGGCCUCACCUCGCGCUCGCAGACUGCCAAGAACGACGGGAAACCUCGCCCCGCACGGGACGAUGCGCUGGCGACGCCUACCGCCUCGGGUACCAGCCCUCUCGGCGGCGGUCCGUCUGCGACUGCCUUGGAUGUUGUUGACUCGGCAUCUACCGCGCAAGCCGCCUCUGCGCAAGCCGCCGCCGCGGACGCUGCGACUCCUCCUCUUUCAAAGGCCGUCAAGUCUCCCGUCGUUCCUACUCGCCUUCCCGCUCUCGACAUGCAGCCCCGUCCGACUCCUCCUCUGCUUCUGCCCACAUUUGAACGCGGUCUCGUCAAUCGCACGCGCCGUCAGUGCCCCUUCAACGCCGCUUUGCGCUUGACCACACUCAUCAAGAACCUCCACCUCGGCGCUCUCCCCCUGCCGCAAGUGGACGUCCCCCCUUCGUUCGCCGCCGAGCUCCGCAAGGCCUUUCACGACGUGGGCCGUUCGAGCCCGUAUGGGCCGCUCGACCUGUUGCGCGUGCAAGGGCUGCUCUAUGACGCGAUCCCGCUGGAUAUCGGCCAUCAGCAGGAUGCCCAUGAGGUCCUCGCUGGUCUUUUCCGCGAGCUGGCUCGCGAGGGCUUUGCGACUGACGUUGGCAUCUCACCCUCUCAAGUCGGCCUCACCUUCGAGAUCGAAUCGACGUGUACCUGCGGCGCUGUUACGACCCGCCGACCUCCCAAGGACCUGUUCUGGACGGUCCAUCUCGCACGCAAAGUCGACUCGGGCCAGAACCGAUCCUAUCACGCCUCGCUCGAGGAUGCCCUGCGCGCAUCCUGUGUCGGCGAGGAGGUGAAGCGAUGCGACACCUGCAAGAUCAACACCGGCGCGUCUGUCGACGACUUUGAAGGUCUCGAGCUCGAUGGCGUCGAGCCAGGCGUCGGCACGCGCCACAGCACCCGCAUGCGUGUACUCGACGCGCGCCGCGUCCUCCUCGUCCAUCUUAACGUCGAUGCGGUCCUUCCUGCCCGCAACGCCGUCGGUAUCCCCGCCUCUGCGCCCCUUGAUCUCCCGGACAUUCGAAACCUCGCCAUCCCCGCACAGUUCGCUUUGGGCGAGGUCGUCAACAGCGAUGACCUGCCAGUCGUCUUUUACAAGCUCUCCGCCAUCCUCGUCCGUGAGUCGUUGAGCACCGCUUCCGGUCAUUACUGGGUCAAGGGCACCAGCAGCUCGUCGCUAUCCGCCUCCGGUUUCGACGCGGCGUUCCCUGCCUGCGUCCGGUUCGACGACGAGCGCGUCGAGCUCGCCUCGGUCCAUGAUCCAUCGGACCCUGGCGUCCCUUACAUCCUCGCCUACGAGCUCGACGAGGCUUGGGCGCAUUCCCUCGACGUUGCCCAGUCGGAGGACGCCCUCCUCCUCGCGGCGACUGACUAUCCCCUCCCCGCUGCACGCAGCCUCAUUGGGCCGUAUCUUGAUCCGUCCAGCGACCUCGCCGCCCCCUCGCUCUGUCCUCUUCUCGCCGCUCGGUUCAUUUCUUGCGUCGAACUUUACUCCUUCAAUUCGUCAGCCUUCUUCCAAGGCUCGCCGGACUUUGCUCGCGCAGUGGCCAAGCAGGAGCACCUGUCGCCCCGCUUGGUCGCCGAGGUGCGUAAUCUCGGUUGA